GCGGCCGCCCGCAGCACCGUCGCGCCGCGACAGCUUCGCCACCAUGGCCGGGGGGCACCACGUCGCGCUCCUCUGCUCUCUGAUUAUCGUCCUGGUCACCAGUGUCGACACUCGGUUUGCAGGUGGUGUGGAUCCCGGCUUUGCUCACUAUCCUCGAGACAAGUCUGACGGUUACGCGGCCAACGGCCUUCUCAAGCCCAGUGUGACGCCAAGUCAGCGCUCUGCCAAAGUCCUCCCUGGAGCAAAGGACAACGACCCAAAGUCGACUUCAUCAGCAGACGGACGCACACCGCUGCGUUUGACGCCAAAACAGAGUGAGAGCUGCGACCGACACCGACUCAGAAAAUGUGGCACACGCACUGUGCAUCCAGACAGAGCCCGCGGUGGUCUGAUGGCGAGAAAUGCUCUGAUGCCAAGAGGCCGUCCCGGGAGAGUCGUCUUCAUCGAUGCUUCAAUGGCAACCAUCCCCAAAGGGUUCAACAUCCGCGGUCGUCUGCGGAUCUCGCGGGACGCCGGCUUUUUCACGUCUGACCUCAGCCAGCUGUCUGGUCAAUGGCAAACAGUGGACGCCAAAAGGAACGCCGAAUGUCCGCAGAAGUGCUUGGACGCUGGGUUCUCCUAUGCAGCGAUGCAGACGCAGACAAACAGAGGCUGGUGCAAAUGUGCUCGUCAGCUGAACAAUAUCGAGCAGGCUACUCGAAAAGAGGUGAUGAGGGGUGACAUCCAAGUGCUCAAUCUUCAAGCGAUCAAACAAAGAAGACUGCAAGUAAUCCAGCUGGCAAAACUUCACAGGCAGGUGGCCAUUGCUAGCUACAAAAUCAUCAUGAAGAAUCCGAAGUGGUACCGCUUCGUGACGGUAACUACCGUACCGAGCGCAUACGGAUUGCGGAUUGGCAUGACGAGAUCCCCGUCAGUCUGCUUCAAACGCUGCGCUGCCGGCAGCUUCAACUAUGCCUUCUACUCCGUCUAUGGAUGCUUCUGUUCCAACGACAAGAGUGAUGUGAAAGUGGUCCGACCUCAGUACCGCAAGCUGAACUAUUUCGCUGCCGGAAGGACCUGUCUCUUCUACAUUAGCAGAGUCAACAGGCUCAAGCCCUCAGGAACGGCGGCAGUAAUCAAAGGACGAAAGGGUUACCUUAUCUUACGGUCUCCAAACGGCCGGGUACAGACGGGCCGCUUCAUGGCCGCCAGUCUGCUCCAGAGUCAGGCGUGGCGCCGUCUGCCGGCCGUGCCGCCCCUCUUCUGUCUUCAGAUGUGUGCCCUCAGAGGCUACACGUACGCCGCCGUCGGCAACAGCAAAGACCCAACAUGUGACUGCGCAAGAACUCCACCAACAAAUUUGCUGUUCCGGGUGUGGAGAAGUGACAGCGACAAGCAAGUGUUUAUGCUCAGCGGCCUUCCAAAAGCAGGAAAAAUGACAUCGGUAACCGUCAUGAGAGGCAGUUUCCUCCAGUUUACUUUCUCGGGGACGUCGGCGGCUCGUCCGAUCGUGCUCUACCUGAGGUCGGCGCCUCCUGCCGGCUGGACGUUCCGAUUGCCAUCAGGCGGAGACAGUUUCCCUCAAAAGUACCGGCUCCUCGCAUACUGUCCGCUCAUGUGCAGAGCACAGGGCUUCCCGUACGCUGCCGUCCGCUUCCAGCCCGCCGGGUGCUCGUGUCUGGGCCCGGCCGAGGUGGACGCCGUGCGUUCCGACACCAGCAGCUCCCCUGACGGCGCCUCACCAGACAGCACCAUCCAGAUCAUACAGCUCGGAUCGCUCCAAGGUUCUGCCUUCCCCAAAGAGCUGCUGGUGCUCGACCGAACUUCCAGCGGGGAUCAGUGGUCAUUCAGUCCGCGAUGGAUCCCCAUCUCCAUCAGACUCGGAGCUGGCUCACGGGGCUCGCUGGAAUUGGAGGGGCAGACGAGAUCUGUCAGCGUGCUUGCUUCUGGUAUCCCAAUCAAGACUCCUCCCGUUUUCAUCGAUGCUGGGGCGGCAUUCGUUCCAAAAGGGUUCAACAUCCGCGGUCGUCUGCGGAUCUCGCGGGACGCCGGCUUUUUCACGUCUGACCUCAGUCAGCUGUCUGGUCAAUGGCAGACAGUGGACGCCAAAAGGAACGCCGAAUGUCCGCAGAAGUGCUUGGACGCUGGCUACUCCUAUGCAGCGAUGCAGACGCAGACAAAGAGAGGCUGGUGCAAGUGUGCUUUGCAGCUGCAAAAUAUAGACAAAUACGCCAGGAGAGAUAGUGUAAAAACAGGGGACAUUCAAGUGAUCAGUCUUCGGCGUAUAGGAGAGAAACAACUUCAAGUCGCGAGGCUGGCUGAGUUACACAGACAAGCCGCGAUCAAGGCCUACAAAAUGAUCAUGCAGAAUCCUAAAUGGUACCGUCAAGUGACCGUCGUGUCUGUGCCGAGGACGUACGGACAGAACAUAGGCAUUGCCAGCAACCCGGCGUCCUGCUUCAAGGGCUGCGCCACGAGCAACUUCAACUACGCCUUCUACACAGUUUAUGGCUGCCUGUGUUCCAACGACAAGAGCGACGUUAAAGUGGUCCGGCCCCGGUACCGCACCCUGAAAUAUUUCGCCGCUGGAAGGACCUCUCUCUUCUACAUCGGCCGGGUCAACAGGCUCAAACCUUCAGGAAAUGUGAAUAUUUACGAGGGGCCCAAUGGCUUCAUCGUCGCACAGUCUUUGAAAGGCCGGGUGCAGACGGGCCGCUUCAUGGCCUCCAGUCUGCUCCAGAGCCAGGCGUGGCGCCGUCUGCCGGCCGUGCCGCCCCUCUUCUGUCUCCAGAUGUGUGCCCUCAGAGGCUACACUUACGCCGCCGUCGGCAACAGCCAACACCCUACAUGUGACUGCUCAAAACGAUCUCCAAACGAAGCAGAUCUCUUCCGAACGGCGAAGACCGACAGCGACAGACAAGUGUUCUUCCUGAAGGGACUGCCGAGGAUAGGAAAAAUGAGCCUAGUCUACGUAACAGAGAACAGCUUCCUGCAAUUCAUAUUCUCCGGAACGUCGGCGGCUCGUCCGAUCGUGCUCUACCUGAGGUCGGCGCCUCCUGCCGGCUGGACGUUCCGAUUGCCAUCAGGUGGAGACAGUUUCCCUCAAAAGUACCGGCUCCUCGCAUACUGUCCACUCAUGUGCAGAGCACAGGGCUUCCCGUACGCUGCCGUCCGCUUCCAGCCCGCCGGGUGCUCGUGUCUGGGCCCGGCCGAGGUGGACACCGUGCGUUCCGACACCAGCAGCUCUCCUGACGGCGCCUCACCAGACAGCACCAUCCAGAUCAUACAGCUCGGAUCGCUCCAAGGCGCUGCUAUUCCCAAAGAAUUACUGGUGCUGGUCCGAACUGCCAGCGGGGGUCAGUGGUCAUUCAGUCCCAGAUGGAUCACCAUCUCCAUCAGGCUUGGAGCUGGUUCAAAGGACUUCCUAGACUUGAAGGGACUGACGGGGACUUAUGAUGGUAUUUCGUUCAGAUUUGAUGUCCAAGAUAACAAUUACUACUUCUUAUUCAUCAAUGGAGCCCCGGCUCCGAGCGGUUUCAGCGGCUCGCUGCCGUCCGGCGACUGGCGGGACCUGGGUCAGCGGCCCGUGUCCGACUGUCUGGCCGCCUGCGCGCGCCACAACCUCCUCUUCAUGGCUGUGCGCGUGCAGGGCGACACGACCACGUGCUGGGGCGCGCCGGCCGCCGACCUCUCCAGCCUGCAGCACAGCGCUCCGGACGUGGCCGGCAUGUACCAGCUGUUCAGCCUAGACGGACUCCGGGUCGGCCAGAAGAGUCACUUCUCCUACGGCGGAAUCGUGAAUGUCAUUUCGGAGAGCCUCGCGAACGGCUACGAACGGUUCUCAAUAGUGAUGAAAGGAGACAGUCAGCCGUCGCCGCUGGUCAGCUACUUUACCGACACGGUGCCCGGCUCAGUGCGCUGGCUGCCCACCACCUUCCUGGACAGCCCGGCCGAGUGUGUGGCCCGCUGCUGCGGCCUGCGCUUCUCGCUGGCGCUGGUCCGCUCGUCGGGCGACCGGCUGUGUCUGUGUGGCGACCUGCGUGCGGGCGGUGAUCUCGGUCUGACGGACACCAGUCCUCCGUCCAGCGCGGGGAGCAUGCAGGUGGUCCGCCUGCCGGCGCCGCCGCCGCCAGCCGAGCCAGACAGCUCAGUAGACGACGGGGAGGGAGGAGUGCAACACUCAAGGAUAGUGGCAUCCUGGCUCACGCCUACGCUUUGCAGAAUCAUCGUGAAUGGAGAGCCUGCCAGAGUGAAGUUCGUCCGACUGGGUGCGGUGGAGCGCACCAAAGCUGUCGACGUUGGACCACCCGGCGACGACCCGGGCGUGUGCAUAUCCAAAUGCAUGUCUGAGCUCAAGAUGCCGGCGAUGAACAAGGACCAUUGUUUCUGCCUGAGCGUUGGAGACGUGGAGCUGGAAGAGACUCUCAUGGAAGGCGGCGACGUCCUCAGUGUUCUGGACAUCACGAAAUACGUAGUUAAGCCGAAUGAUGCUGAGCCCAAAACUGAGGAAGUAACCAUCGAGAAAAAGCCAGAACCUGUAACAAAAACUGGAACAGUCGACAUCGAGAAAAAGCAAGAUUCCGAGCCGAAACCUGAAACCAUCGAGAGAGAGCCAGAAUCUGAGACUGAAACCGAAGCAGUCAUCAUCGAGAAAAAGCCAGAGCCUGAGCCCAAGCCAGAAGAAGUCGUUAUCAACAAACAGCCAGAUUCUGAGCCAAAAACUGAGGAAGGCACCAUCGAGAAAAGGCCAGAUUCGGAGUCCAAACCUGAGGAGGCUAUCGAGAAAACGCCAGAUUCUGAGCCAAUAACUGAGAAAGCAACCAUCGAGAGAAAGCCAGAUUCUGAGCCCAAACCUGGAACCAUUGAGAGAGGGCCAGAAUCUGAGACUGAAACUGAAGCAGUCAUCAUCGAGAAAAAGCCAGAGCCUGAGCCCAAGCCAGAAGAAGUCAUUAUCAACAAACAGCCAGAUUCUGAGCCAAAAACUGAGGAAGGCACGAUCGAGAAAAGGCCAGAUUCGGAGUCCAAAUCUGAGGAGGCUAUCGAGAAAACGCCAGAUUCUGAGCCCAUACCUGAGAAAGGAACCAUCGAGAGAAAGCCAGAUUCUGAGCCCAAACCUGGAACCAUCGAGAGAGGGCCAGAAUCUGAGACUGAAACUGAAGCAGUCAUCAUCGAGAAAAAGCCAGAGCCUGAGCCCAAGCCAGAAGAAGUCAUUAUCAACAAACAGCCAGAUUCUGAGCCAAAAACUGAGGAAGGCACCAUCGAGAAAAGGCCAGAUUCGGAGUCCAAACCUGAGGAGGCUAUCGAGAAAACGCCAGAUUCUGAGCCCAUACCUGAGAAAGCAACCAUCGAGAGAAAGCCAGAUUCUGUGCCCAAACCUGGAACCAUCGAGAGAGGGCCAGAAUCUGAGACUGAAACUGAAGCAGUCAUCAUCGAGAAAAAGCCAGAGCCUGAGCCCAAGCCAGAAGAAGUCAUUAUCAACAAACAGCCAGAUUCUGAGCCCAAAACUGAGGAAGUCACCAUCGAGAGAAAGCCAGAUUCUGAGCCCAAACCUGAAAAAGUAACCAUCGAGAGAAAGCCAGAUUCUGAGCCCAAACCUGGAACCAUCGCGAGAGAGCCAGAACCUGAGACUGAAACCAGAACAGUCAUCAUCGAGAAAAAGCCAGAGCCUGAGUUCAAGCCAGAAGAUGUCGUUGACAACAAACAGCCAGAUUCUGAGCCCAAAACUGAGGAAGUCACCAUCGAGAGAAAGCCAGAUUUGGAGCCCAAACCUGAGGAGGCUAUCGAGAAAACGCCGGAUUCUGAGCCCAAACCUGAAAAAGUAACCAUCGAGAGAAAGCCAGAUUCUGAGCCCAAACCUGGAACCAUCGCGAGAGAGCCUGAACCUGAGACUGAAUCCAGAACAGUCAUCAUCGAGAAAAAGCCAGAGCCUGAGCCCAAGCCAGAAGAUGUCGUUGACAACAAACAGCCAGAUUCUGAGCCCAAAACUGAAGAAGUCACCAUCGAGAGAAAGCCAGAUUCGGAGCCCAAACCUCAGGAGGCUAUCGAGAAAACGCCGGAUUCUGAGUCCGAACCUGAAAAAGUAACCAUCGAGAGAAAGCCAGAUUCUGAGCCCAAACCUGGAACCAUCGCGAGAGAGCCUGAACCUGAGACUGAAACCAAAACAGUCAUCAUCGAGAAAAAGCCAGAGCCUGAGCCCAAGCCAAGAGAUGUCGUUCACAAUAAACAGCCAGAUUCUGAGCCCAAAACUGAGGAAGUCACCAUCGAGAGAAAGCCAGAUUCGGAGCCCAAACCGGAGGAGGCUAUCGAGAAAACGCCGGAUUCUGAGCCCAAACCUGAGAAAGUAACCAUCGAGAGAAAGCCAGAUUCUGAGCCCAAACCUGGAACCAUCGCGAGAGAGCCAGAACCUGAGACUGAAACCAAAACAGUCAUCAUCGAGAAAAAGCCAGAGCCUGAGCCCAAGCCAGAAGAUGUCGUUAUCAACAAACAGCCAGAUUCUGAGCCCAAAACUGAAGAAGUCACCAUCGAGAGAAAGCCAGAUUCGGAGCCCAAACCGGAGGAGGCUAUCGAGAAAACGCCGGAUUCUGAGCCCAAACCUGAGAAAGUAACCAUCGAGAGAAAGCCAGAUUCUGAGCCCAAACCUGGAACCAUCGCGAGAGAGCCAGAGCCUGAGCCCAAGCCAGAAGAAGUCGUUAUCAACAAACAGCCAGAUUCUGAGCCAAAAACUGAGGAAGUCACCAUCGAGAGAAAGCCAGAUUCGGAGCCUAAAUCUGAGGAGGCUUUUGAGAAAAUGCCAGAUUCUGAGCCCGAACCUGAGAGAGCAACCAUCGAGAGAAAGCCUGAUUCGCAGACUGAAACCGAAACAGACGUUAUCGAGAAAAAGCCAGAAUCUGAGCCCAAGCCCGAAGAAGUUGUUAUCAUCAAACAGCCAGAUUCUGAGCCCAAAACUGAGGACGCCGCCAUCGAGAGAAAGCCGGAUUCUGAGCCCGAACCUGAGAAAGUAACCAUCAAGAAAAAGCCAGAGUCUGAGACUAAAACCAAAACAGCCAUCGUGGAGAAAAAGCCAGAAUCUGAGCCCAAACCAGAAGUCGCUAUCAACAAACAGCCAGAUUCUGAACCAAAAACUGAGAAAGUCACCAUCGAGAGGAAACCAGAUUCGGAGCCCAAGCCUAAGGAGGUGGCAAUCGAGAAAACGCCAGAUUCUGAGCCCAAGCCUGAGAAAGUGACCAUCGAGAAAACGCCAGAGUCUCACACUAAAACCGAAGCGGCCAUCAUCGAGAAAAAGCCAGAAUCUAAGGCCAGACCCGAAGAAGUCGCCAUCAGCAAACAGCCAGAUUCUGAGCCAAAAACUGAUGAUAGCACCGUCGAGAGAAAGCCAGAUGCUGAGCCCAAACCCGAGAAAGCAGCCAUUGAGAGAAAGUCAGAGUCGAAGCUAAACCCCGAAGAAGUCAUCAACAAUAAGCAGCCAGAUUCUGAGCCCAAAGAUGAGGAGGUGACCAUUGAGAGAAAGCCAGAUUCGGAGCCCAAGGCUAAGGAGGUUAUUAAGAGAAAGCCAGAUUCUAAGCCAAAACCAGAGAAAGUAACCAUCGAAAGAAAGCCAGAAUCUGAGACUAAAACGGAAGCAGUCAUCAUCGAGAAAAAGCCAGAGUUGAAGCACAAACCCGGAGAAGUUGUUAGCAACAAACAGACAGAUUCUGUGUCUAAAUGUGAAGGGGUGACUAUCAAGAGGAGGCCAGGUCACGGAACGUCUUUGACAAGGAAGCCGUCUUAUCAGCAUACUAUCGAAGACAUCUCACGGAGCGAGCGAGAUUCUGAGCCCAGAAGACAGAUUGUCACCCUUGAGAGGAAGCCAGGUACUGGAACUCGAUCGAGAAAAACUCUCGUGCGCAGGGAGCAUGGCGCUACGACUCCGACCAAGACCACCACUGUACGAAGAAAACAAGGUUCUUCACCUAGGCGAAAGAUGGUCGGCUUUGAAAGGAGGCCAGGUUCGUCACCUAGGCGAAAGAUAGUCAGCUUUGAAAGGAGGCCAGGUUCUGGACGUAAAAGGAAGAGAGUCACCAUGGAGCGGAGGCCAGGCUCUUCAAGCGUUAAAAAACAUCCACGGACUCGUCGUCGAUCGAAGAACCGUAGUGGGAGAGGCUUUUCAAGCGUUAAAAAACAUCCACGGACUCGUCGCCGAUCGAAGAACCGUAGUGGGAGAGGCUCUUCAAGCGUUAAAAAACAUCCACGGACUCGUCGCCGAUCGAAGAACCGUAGUGGGAGAGGCUCUUCAAGCAUUAAAAAACAUCCACGGACUCGUCGCCGAUUGAAGAACCGUAAUGGGAGAGGCUCUUCAAGCGUUAAAAAACAUCCACGGACUCGUCGCCGAUCGAAGAACCGUAGUGGGAGAGGCUCUUCAAGCGUUAAAAAACAUCCACGGACUCGUCGCCGAUCGAAGAACCGUAGUGGGAGAGGCUCUUCAAGCGUUAAAAAGCAUCCACGGACUCGUCGUCGAUCGAAGAACCGUAGUGGGAGAGGCUCUUCAAGCGUUAAAAAACAUCCACGGACUCGUCGCCGAUCGAAGAACCGUAGUGGGAGAGGCUCUUCAAGCGUUAAAAAACAUCCACGGACUCGUCGCCGAUCGAAGAACCGUAGUGGGAGAGGCUCUUCAAGCGUUAAAAAACAUCCACGGACUCGUCGCCGAUCGAAGAACCGUAGUGGGAGAGGCUCUUCAAGCGUUAAAAAACAUCCACGGACUCGUCGCCGAUCGAAGAACCGUAGUGGGAGAGGCUCUUCAAGCGUUAAAAAACAUCCACGGACUCGUCGCCGAUCGAAGAACCGUAGUGGGAGAGGCUCUUCAAGCGUUAAAAAACAUCCACGGACUCGUCGCCGAUCGAAGAACCGUAGUGGGAGAGGAAUUUCGAUAUCAUUUGAACUCCAAGAGCACAACUAUUACAUCCUUCUUAUUAGUGGUGCCCCGGCUCCGAGCGGUUUCAGCGGCUCGCUGCCGUCCGGCGACUGGCGGGACCUGGGUCAGCGGCCCGUGUCCGACUGUCUGGCCGCCUGCGCGCGCCACAACCUCCUCUUCAUGGCUGUGCGCGUGCAGGGCGACACGACCACGUGCUGGGGCGCGCCGGCCGCCGACCUCUCCAGCCUGCAGCACAGCGCUCCGGACGUGGCCGGCAUGUACCAGCUGUUCAGCCUAGACGGACUCCGGGUCGGCCAGAAGAGUCACUUCUCCUUCGGCGGAAUUGUCGAUGUCAUUUCGGAGUACCUCGCGAACGGCUACGAACGGUUCUCUAUAGCAAUGGCAGGAGACAGUCAGCCGUCGCCGCUGGUCAGCUACUUCACCGACACGGUGCCCGGCUCAGUGCGCUGGAUGCCCACCACCUUCCUGGACAGCCCGGCCGAGUGUGUGGCCCGCUGCUGCGGCCUGCGCUUCUCGCUGGCGCUGGUCCGCUCGUCGGGCGACCGGCUGUGUCUGUGUGGCGACCUGCGUGCGGGCGGUGAUCUCGGUCUGACGGACACCAGCCCUCCGUCCAGCGCGGGGAGCAUGCAGGUGGUCCGCCUGCCGCCGCCGCCGGCCGCAACCGGCAGCGCCGCCGUCAUCGGCGACGGCGUCUACCAGUCACCGACAAUUAUGGCUCAAUGGAUGACGUCCACUCUAUGCCGAGUUCUCAUCAACAACGAGCCCGCUGAUGUGAAGUUCGCGCAGCUUGCCGCGGUGCAGCGCUCCAAAGCUGUCGACGUUGGACCACCCGGCGACGACCCGGGCGUGUGCAUAUCCAAAUGCAUGUCUGAGCUCAAGAUGCCGGCGAUGAACAAGGACCAUUGUUUCUGCCUGAGCGUUGGAGACGUGGAGCUGGAAGAGACUCUCAUGGAAGGUGGCGACGUCCUCAGUGUUCUGGACGUCACGAAAUACUUGCCGAAAUCAUACGGGUCUGAGCCUGCUCAGGACAUAUCAACGUCUCAGUCGCAAGUAGACAGUCCAGCCAGCACAGACAUAUCGAUAAAUUUCCAAGUUCGGGAGCACAACUAUUACAUUUUAUUGAUCAACGGCGCCCCGGCUCCGAGCGGUUUCAGCGGCUCGCUGCCGUCCGGCGACUGGCGGGACCUGGGUCAGCGGCCCGUGUCCGACUGUCUGGCCGCCUGCGCGCGCCACAACCUCCUCUUCAUGGCCGUGCGCGUGCAGGGCGACACGACCGCGUGCUGGGGCGCGCCGGCCGCCGAUCUCUCCAGCCUGCAGCACAGCGCUCCGGACGUGGCCGGCAUGUACCAGCUGUUCAACCUCGAGGGACUCCGGGUCGGCCAGAAGAGCCACUUCUCCUACGGGGGAAUUGUCGAUGUCAUUUCGGAGAGCCUCUCGAACGGCUAUGAACGGUUCUCUAUAGCAAUGGCAGGAGACAGUCAGCCGUCGCCGCUGGCCAGCUACUUUACCGACACGGUGCCCGGAUCAGUGCGCUGGCUGCCCACCACCUUCCUGGACAGCCCGGCCGAGUGUGUGGCCCGCUGCUGCGGCCUGCGCUUCUCGCUGGCGCUGGUCCGCUCGUCGAGCGACCGGCUGUGUCUGUGUGGCGACCUGCGGGCGGGUGGUGAUCUCGGUCUGACGGACACCAGCCCUCCGUCCAGCGUGGGGAGCAUGCAGGUGGUCCGCCUGCCGGCGCCGCCGGCCGCGACCGGCAGCGGCGUCAUCGGCGGCGGUGACGUUGGCGGGUACCACGCCCCGGCAAUACAGGCGGAGUGGAUGACACCCACUCUCUGCAGAAUCCUCAUGGAUAACGAGCCGGCGCCGGUGAAGUUCAGUCGGGUGGCGGCACUCCAGAAGGUGCAGGCUGUCAGUCUGGACGCGCCCGGCGACAAUCCUAUCCGAUGCGUCAUGGAGUGUGAGUCCCAGUUCUUCAAGUGGGCGGCGCUGAACAAGGGGCACUGCUUCUGCUCGGACCUGGACAUGGCGCUCGAGGACCGCUGGACGGAGGACGCAGACGUGUUGACCGUCAUGGACACCACCGAGUACCAGCCUAAGCCGGAUGGGUCGAAACUGAUGCAGAUCUUCCAGAAUCCGAAGACAAACUACUUCAGGUUCAUUGUCGGCAAUGUGCUGCAGAAGUGCGGUUACACGGCCGAGGCGGUGGACGCGGCCGCCGGACCGCCCGGCCAGUGGACGGCCGUGGGCGCGCCGCAGCAGCACCCGGCCGGCUGCGCCGCGCAGUGCGCCAUGCAGCCGGCCGGCGUGCAGCCGUUCGUUGCCGUGCUGCCGCUGGGCCCCGGCCAGUACCGCUGCUGGUGCGCCCCCCACGGCGACCUCUCAAAGUACAGCGGCGUCGUGCCCGACGCACCCGGCCGGGCGCAGAUCUACGACUUCACGGACCUGAUCAAAAUGAUGAUGACGUAGCUUUGUCUAUAUGAUAACGCCGAUUUCCUUGCCUGGUGUGACCCGCGUGAUGCUCCGUCGAUGAGCAUAGCACGCUGUAAUUUUGCUGUUUUUAAGUUUUGCACUGUGUGAGCACACGUAGGUACUAGCGAAAGCACGUAUAGUAAUUAUUGGCAGUUUAUCUGCUUUGCACCCUGCACUGUGUGAAUUUGCACGCGGCACAUGAUCUGCAUCGAGUAUUGCACCAGUGAGUGAUUGGCACCAACGCACCUCCGCACCAAUGCACCACUUGUUUAUCAAACGCACCUGCCUACUUGUAUCAUUUAGUUGUAAGUCGAAUGAUCAGCGUUCAGCUACGUUGUACUGAAGCCGGCCCUGCUAAUUGGCAUUCCGGUUUUCAGUUGUGUGGUUGCACUAGGUAGUGGUAAGUUGAUUGGCGAGCGUUUGACGCGAUGUGCUAACGAGCGCCGGGAUAGAUGCACGCUACUUGCACGCUAAUGCUAAUUGCAAUGGGUUACCAAUUGCAUUUGCAAUGAAUCUUGAACGUUGCACAUGGAUAAAUACACGUUCAAGCACGAA